AUGGAAUUGGGUAACAAAGAGCACAAUGGUUCAACAUAUGCUACUGCAUGUGCAAUUGUCACCUCCAUGAUAUCCAUUAUAUUUGGUUAUGAUACAGGUGUCAUGAGUGGAGCCAUGAUAUUUAUAAAGGAGGAUCUUGGAAUUAGUGAUACCCAACAAGAAGUUUUAGCAGGCAUCUUAAACAUUUGUGCAUUGGUAGGAUCUUUAACUGCUGGAAGAACCGCUGAUUACAUUGGUCGACGCUACACAAUCACCGUAGCCUCUAUCCUUUUCAUGGUUGGUUCAAUUCUUAUGGGAUAUGGUCCAAACUACACAAUUUUAAUGUUUGGAAGGUGUGUUGCGGGUAUUGGCGUUGGUUUUGCUCUUUUGAUAGCACCGAUUUAUUCAAUAGAAAUCUCCUCUGCUAAAUCUCGAGGGUUUCUAGCUUCCUUACCCGAGCUUUGUAUUGGUAUUGGAAUUUUACUUGGGUAUGUGGUGAACUACCUUUUAGGGAAGUUGAGUUUGAAGCUUGGAUGGAGAUUGAUGCUUGGUAUUGCAGCAAUUCCUUCACUUGCUUUGGCUUUUGGCAUUUUGGCAAUGCCAGAGUCUCCAAGGUGGUUGGUGAUGCAAGGCCAUUUAGGAAAAGCCAAAAAAGUUUUAUUACAAAUUUCAGACACUGAACAAGAAGCUGAGCUUCGAUUCAAAGAAAUUAAAAUUGCUGUUGGGAUUGAUGAGAAUGACCUCGAGAAAAUGGUUAAACCCCCAAAAAAGAACAAUGGUGAAGGGGUUUGGAAAGAGUUGGUUGUGAGGCCCUCUUAUCCUGUUCGUUGGAUAUUGAUUGCAGCUGUGGGGAUUCACUUUUUUGAGCAUGCAACUGGAAUAGAAGCUGUUAUGUUGUAUAGUCCAAGAAUCUUUAAGAAAGCAGGUGUUACCAGUAAGGACAAGCUAUUGUUGACAACCAUUGGAGUGGGCAUUACAAAAGUAUUUUUCCUUCUAAUGGCCACCUUUUUGCUUGACAAAGUUGGGAGAAGACGCCUCCUGCUUGUAAGCACUGGAGGAAUGAUUUGUAGCCUUUUGGUAUUAGGGUUCAGCUUAACCAUGGUUGAUAUGACCCAAAAGGAACUCUUGUGGGCAUUGGCCCUUAGCAUAGUAGCCACUUACAUGUAUGUUGCUUUUUUCAAUAUUGGACUUGGACCUGUCACGUGGGUUUAUAGCUCAGAGAUUUUCCCUUUGAACUUGAGAGCACAAGGAGCAAGUAUUGGAGUUGCAGUGAACAGACUCACCAAUGCUGCUAUUUCCAUGAGUUUUAUUUCAAUCUACAAAACAAUCACUAUAGGUGGGGCAUUUUUCAUGUUUGCUGGUAUAUCUAUAUUGGCUUGGAUCUUCUUUUACUUUUUCUUGCCUGAAACCAAGGGUCGAGCCUUGGAAGAAAUGGAGACGAUUUUCAAUAAAAACAAUAAAGGGAAUGUAACUACAGAAAUAGAGUAG